GCUUUUGAACAACUUUAUGAAAGGAAAAUGUCUGCACGUUCUGAAGUUGAUGAACGGAUAUUCUUGAAGCCCUUAUUGACUUUUGGAGAUAUUAUUUUCUCAGAUAAAUUUGAAGAAGAAGCCAUUUCUGUUUUGUCUGGAGAUCUUUGUCAAUAUAUCAAUAAUGAUUUUUUGAUCAAAUUCAGCUCACAAAAUUGUUUAGCCAAAUUGAAUGCGCCUGAAAAAAUUCAACCUCCAACUGAAGGAAAAUCUUAUAUGAUUACACCUGAUACUGUUUGUCAAAAUAGUGCAUUUUAUUCUGAUAUGAAGCUAAUUGAGAGGAUGGAUGAAUUAUUAUCAAUAUUUAGAAGUCAAGGAAAAUCUUUCAAUUUUGAUUUUGUUGAUUGUCAAGGGAAUCCACGAGAAUAUAUAGCUGAACAAGUACACAUAUUUGGACAGAAAUUUCUUACAAAGUUUGGGAAGGACGAGAAGGAAAGCAAUGAAGAAGGAUCUUCAGAUUAUGCUUUGAAUCAAAUUCAAUUGGAAAAAUAUGCUGCCGACGUAUUUUAUUAA